CUAUCAUUGAUCCGACUUCACUUAUAGCGUCCUGAGUUCUUCCUGAACAUCUACAUAUGUUUUUGUGAAGAAAAUGAAGAAAUAGCUUUGCAAGAGCGAUCUGAAAAACUGUUAAAUAUGCUUUUCUACAGAAAUCUUUUUGCAUUUUUAAUAUGGGAGUCAAUGGGGCUGUUGGUGCAUGUUGGUGGCGCAUCUGUGCGUCCUACGCCCAAACUAUAACUCUGACAGCUUUACCAGAGGAUUCCAACCACACAGCAGUCUCCCCAGGAUGAGCAGGAGAAGCUCCUGGAUGAAGCUGUGCAGGCUGUCAAGGUCCAGUCGUUCCAGAUGAAGAGAUGUCUGGACAAGAACAAGCUGAUGGAUGCCCUGAAGCACGCCUCCAACAUGCUGGGUGAGCUGAGGACCUCCAUGCUUUCUCCAAAGAGCUACUAUGAGCUCUAUAUGGCUAUCUCUGACGAACUCCACUACCUAGAAGUUUAUCUGACUGAUGAGUUUGCCAAAGGACGCAAGGUGGCAGAUCUUUAUGAGCUGGUUCAGUAUGCAGGCAACAUCAUCCCCAGACUCUAUCUGCUGAUCACAGUGGGCGUGGUGUAUGUUCGCUCCUUCCCCCAGUCGCGUAAGGACAUCCUGAAGGACCUGGUUGAGAUGUGUCGCGGUGUCCAGCACCCACUCAGGGGCCUCUUCCUCAGAAACUACCUGCUGCAGUGCACCCGCAACAUACUGCCAGAUGAUGGAGAGCAGCCAGAGGGAACAGAGGAGAUGACCGGUGAUAUCAACGACUCCAUCGACUUUGUCCUUCUGAACUUUGCUGAGAUGAACAAGUUAUGGGUUCGAAUGCAGCACCAGGGUCACAGCCGAGACAGAGAGAAGAGAGAAAAAGAACGACAAGAACUUAGGAUUCUGGUGGGCACCAACCUUGUUCGCCUCAGCCAGCUGGAGGGUGUCAACGUGGAAAAGUACAAGCAGAUUGUUCUGGCUGGAGUGCUGGAGCAGGUUGUGAACUGCAGAGACUCAUUGGCUCAGGAGUAUCUCAUGGAGUGCAUCAUUCAGGUUUUCCCAGAUGAGUUCCAUCUUCAGACCUUGAACCCUUUCCUACGUUCCUGUGCUGAGCUCCAUCAACAUGUCAAUGUCAAGAACAUCAUCAUUGCCCUCAUUGACAGACUGGCUCUGUUUGCUCAUCGAGAGGACGGCCCUGGCAUUCCAGCUGAGAUCAAACUGUUUGACAUCUUCUCUCAGCAAGUAGCUACUGUCAUUCAGUCUCGCCAGGACAUGCCAUCAGAGGACGUAGUCUCUCUGCAGGUCUCUCUCAUCAACUUGGCCAUGAAAUGCUACCCUGACCGUGUUGACUAUGUUGAUAAGGUCCUGGAGAGUACUGUGGAGAUAUUCAACAAGCUCAACUUGGAACACAUAGCGACCAGCAGCGCCGUGUCAAAGGAACUGACCCGUCUGCUGAAGAUACCAGUUGAUACCUACAACAACAUUCUGACUGUGCUGCAGCUCAAGCACUUCCCACCUCUCUUCGAGUACUUCGACUAUGAGUCACGCAAGAGCAUGAGCUGCUAUGUGCUGAGCAACACACUGGACUACAACACCACCAUUCUGGCACAGGAACAGGUCGAUGCCAUCUUGAACUUGGUAUCCACAUUGAUACAGGACCAGCCAGACCAACCAGCUGAUGAUCCUGAUCCUGAGGACUUUGCUGAGGAGCAGAGCCUUGUGGGGCGUUUCAUCCACCUGCUCCACUCUGAAGAUCCUGAUCAACAGUAUCUUAUUCUGAACACAGCCCGGAAACACUUUGGUGCUGGUGGAAACCUGAGGAUUCGCUACACACUCCCUCCUCUGGUGUUUGCUGCCUAUCAGCUGGCCUUCAGAUACAAGGAGAACUCUUCAUUGGAUGACAAGUGGGAAAAGAAGUGUCAGAAGAUCUUUUCCUUCGCCCAUCAGACCAUCAGUGCACUUAUCAAGGCUGAGCUUGCUGAGCUGCCUCUACGACUCUUCCUGCAGGGAGCACUGGCUGCUGGAGAGAUUGGCUUUGAAAACCACGAGACUGUAGCUUAUGAGUUCAUGUCACAGGCCUUCUCUCUGUACGAGGAUGAGAUCAGUGACUCUAAAGCCCAGCUGGCAGCCAUCACACUGAUCAUCGGUACCUUUGAGAGAAUGCGGUGUUUCAGCGAGGAGAACCACGAGCCACUGAGGACUCAGUGUGCGCUGGCUGCGUCCAAGCUGCUAAAGAAACCCGACCAGUGCCGAGCUGUCAGUAUCUGCGCCCAUCUCUUCUGGUCCGGUCGCAGCACUGACAAAAAUGGUGAAGAGAUCCGUGAUGGCAAGCGGGUGAUGGAGUGUCUAAAGAAAGCCCUGAAGAUUGCCAACCAGUGUAUGGACCCAUCACUGCAAGUCCAGCUUUUCAUUGAAAUCCUCAACAGAUACGUCUGUUUCUACGAGCGGGAAAACGAUGCGGUGACUGUCCAGGUAUUAAACCAGCUUAUCCAGAAGAUCAGGGAAGAUCUUCCCAACCUGGAAGCCUGUGAGGAAACGGAGCAGAUCAAUAAGCACUUCCACAACACACUGGAGCAUCUUCGCCUGCAAAGAGAGUCCCCUGAGUCUGAGGGCCCCGCCUAUGAGGGCCUGGUCCUUUAAAACUGUUUCAGGUUGGAAGGAUGAGAAGUCCAUCCAUAAAUAUGUCACUAUAUUAUGAAUAUACAACAGCACACACUCACAAGAACACACAAAAUCCCAUUCUGUAGGCCGGGGAAAAAAAUGUUACGGAGAGAAAAAAUAACUUUUUGGAACCUGGUCUCGCAGGAAUCCGUGAAAUAGCCACGGAUUCGCUUAACUCAAAAUCUGUGGAAUAGCCACGGAAUCACUCAAAUUUCUGUGAAACUGACACGGAUUUCACUACAAUGCAAGUUAAUGACAGUCAUAUCCCGUGGCUAUUCCAUGGAUAUUUUUUCCUAUUGGUUUGUUCCAAGUCACGUGACUUUCAAGGUUCCAGCGGUCAGAACAAAAAACAUGGCGGACAGUUCUCUCAUUUUUAGUGAAAAAAAUCAAUAUUUUGACUUAGUUUCUGCAUAAAAAUGGAUUAUGAUUACAUUUCUAGCGAGAAAUAUGUUUUAUUUUCUAAAUAUUCACUCAGUGAAUGUACAUAAUCACUUUGUAUGUUGGAAUAGCCACGGGAUAUAACUGUCAUUAACUUGCAUUGUAGCGAAAUCCGUGUCAGUUUCACGGAAAUUUGAGUGAUUCCGUGGCUAUUCCACAGAUUUUGAGUUAAGCGAAACCGUGGCUAUUUCAUGGAUUUCUGUGAGACCAUGUUGACUUUUUGAUUAUUAAUAUUAAUUUUACUGCAUAAUUUCCUCUUGACUGUCCCUCUGUAGCAGAACUGGAGAUGUUACAUUUUAAAAAGCGUGUGCCAGCAGCCCUGCACUUACCUUCAGUGUGUACUUGUGGCAAGUCGUAAGCACCAUUCCUUAUAAAUUCCUGCUUGACUAAUUUGUCUUAAGCCUGUAUCAUUUAAUUGUUAAUAGUAGACUUACUAGCUGUAAAAGGCUUAUCCACUGAACCAUCUCACUUGUUCACGUCUCUCCAUAUUGAGAAGUGAACGUAUUAGCGUGAGUGUAUAACGGCUACAGGAUCUAGUAGUGGUGUCACAUCUGUAUUGCAUACGAGCUUGUUUCCACCCCUAAAUAAUCAAUAACAGUAAGUUAUUCAGGACGGCUUUCUGGUCCCAACCAAACUGAACACCAGACAAAUGGAAGCAUAUGCAAACUUUGGCCUUGUAGAACCUGAUAAUGUAAUAAAUUCCCGAUAAUGUAAUAACCCCGAUAAUGUAAUAAAAAUCUGCACUUGAGUCCAUUGAAAAUGUAUUAAAACCUGAUAAUGUAAUAACGUCCCGAUAAUGUAAUUCACUUUUUUACCCAUAAUCCUGAUAAUGUAAUAAUUCCCCAAUAUUGUAAUAAUUUAACAGCAGACCACCCAUUACUUGAGUUCAAGUCCUGAUAAUGUAAUAAUUCCCCAAUAUUGUAAUAAUUUAACAGCAGACUGCACUUUAUUACAUUAUCGGGAAGUUAUUACAUUAUCAGGUUUUAUUACAUUUUCAAUGGACGCAAGUGCAGAUUUUUAUUACAUUAUUGGGAUUAUUACAUUAUCAGGAAUUUAUUACAUUAUCAGGUUCUACAGGCCUCACAGCAAUGACGUAACACUGUUGUUCCCAUUAAGAACUGAGGAAUAUUUUAGAACAGAAAACCUUUCAUUUCAGUUAAUAAUUGUGAAGCCUGGCACAAUCCUAAGUUCUUCUGCCAUUCCACCUGGUUAUAUAAUUAUCUCUCAAAUCUCAUAAUUUGAAGGCGGGAAAUUUGUCAUCAUUUUUAAAAGAUCUUAUCCUCUCAUCAUACAUCAGCUGUGUUUCUUUUUAGCAACAUCAGAUUUUUCUCAAACAUUUUAUGGACAUUAUAUUUUACGUAUUUGUUUAUUCUGAACUCCUCACAAAAAGACCAACCGGUUCAGAACUGCAGCAUGUGUUUGCAUGGUUAAGCGUGCUUGUACUAUAAGGCCUGGUUUUCAGUUUACUUUAUAUGGAUCCCACCAACUACAAUGUCUGACUUUUUCAUUAUUUUGUUGAUCAAUGAGAUUCUGUUGCUUUGUGACACUGUCAUUUGGGAUUAAUCUGCUAUGGGGGGCGCAGAGAUUCCUCAUGAUUGUAUGGUAGUUGACAAGUUGCCAUAAUGAGUAACAGUAAUGUACACCUUUGCUGCAGCAUCGGACAGUGUCUUCUGUUUUUUCUUGCUUUGCUAUUGUUGAUUUGUUGGAGGCCGUAUUGACCGAUUUCUCUCCCCUUUUUAAAUCUGUGUGUAAACCAACUUGUAAAUCAAAUAAAGAAAAACAGAUUAAAUAGCAAUUAUCAUUGUCAUUUGCUGAAAUAAAAUUGAAGUUAACAAUA